UAUGGGAAGGAGGGCGUGCCGGCGCGAGGAAGCGCGCAGAGAUUCGGUUGGCAGCGGCCUUUGAAAACCGUGUGUUUGUUUGGUCCGAGCGACAAGAAAGCAGGUCACCAAGCCUCCUUGAGUGUCACGAAAUGGACGGUAGUAACAGUAAAGCUGUCAGGCUUCAGAAUAAAAGUGACAGUGUGGUCAGAAAAGCCAAAUCUCAGAUGUCUCUUCCAAAAAUUCAAAUAAGCAAUUUGAAUAUAUCAGAAGGCAGUAAACAACUUCCAAUGCAUCCACUAUCAGUGGAAAAAUGUGGAAAUCUAAAUAGACCAUCACGGAUUGCACAUUUGCCACCUGGACGGCGGAUUCCAUACCGUGUGGCAUAUACCUGGAAUCGAGGUGGGCGUCUCAAGGAACUGCGAAUAAGGAAUCUGGCUCGUAAAUUUCUAUUCUUGUGGAUUUCAAAGACGUUUGGGAGAGUGCUCCCUUCUAGAGCAAGUGCCCAUCACCAACAUAAAUUGCUGCAGAAUGUCUUUGAGGUAUGGAAGGAGCAGUGGUGGGCAGUCAGAAAGGAAUGGAAAUUGUCUGUCCGUGCUGAGUGUCAUUACAGGUACUAUCUGUACUGUCUGGUCUUCCAAAGGUGGCAGAUGUUUGUUUUUCAGCAGCGCAAAAACAAAAAAAAAUAUGAAAUGGCAGUGAUGCAUGAUAAAUGCAGGUGCCUUCGUUUUGCAUGGGAAAACUGGCAGAUUUACAUUGGUGUACGGAGAAUCAAAAGUGCCAUGCAUAAACAGGCUCUACAUUUCUUACAGAAGAGUGUGCUGUGGGCUGCCUGGAGAGCCUGGAAGAAACAAUUUCAGAGAGAGCAAAGCCAAACUGAGAUGGAUGCUGUGGCUCUGCAGCACUGGGCCCAGUCUCUGCAGUACAGGGCCUGGGUUCAGUGGACUCUGCUUUAUUACAAAAAAAAGCUUGAGAAGGACGAAGAAGCAAGAGCUGCAGCAUAUAGCCAGAAAUGUUGCUUGAGAAAAUAUAUGAAGCAUUGGGUUCAGUACUGUCUGCAUCGCCGAUCAAAGAAGCACAAGCAAGUUUUGGCAACAACAUUUAGGAGUGCCCAUUUGUCCCAAUACUGGUUUUCGGUAUGGAUGGUGGCUUGGAGGCAGAGGAGGCGUCUGCAUGAAAGAGAAUAUGCCAUCCUUCAGUUGGCAGGCACAUUUACAACUCGGAGGAUGUUUUCUCAUUGGAAACAUUAUGUAAUUUUGUGUUCUGAAGAUUCUGUGAGACAGAACCUGGCUGAACAACACUUUAGGUCUCACCUGCUGCGAAUUGGCAUGACUGGAUUAUGCAGGAAUGUUGCACAGAAGCACAAGCAACACAUAUGGAACAAUUUGGCUCAUAGACAGUACCACAGUACAUUACUGAAAACAUUCUGGGUUCAAUGGAAAAUGCGAAGUGAACAGAGGAAUGAUGCAGAUCUGCAGCCAUUGUUUCAAAAAGCCUUUCAUCAUUACAGAACUGUACUCGUACAGAAAAUGUUUAGGAGUUGGAAAGUCUAUGUGACCUGGAGUCAAGCAAAAAAGUUACAGGUUACUACAGUCAGUAAAUUCCACCACAAGAAGAUAUUACUGCAUUGCAUGUCACAAUGGAAAAUAUAUGUGGACCAAAGGAGGUGCUACCAGUUUUUAAAACGGACAUCAACAUGGUUUUACAAAAACAACCGGCAGCGAUGGGUUUUCUGCACUUGGUGGGAAAGGUUAUGUCAGCUGAAGGAUGAUCGUCUUGUGGAGAGAAUGGCUGUGUUUCAUUACAACCAGAGAACAACUGUCAAUUAUUGGUCUAGAUGGCGUGAGAGGACCACCUUCAUCCUUGAUUGGCAUGAAAAAGAGACAAUAGCAGAAAGGCAUUUUACACACCUGUUGUUAUUAAAGACUUUCCAGGGCUGGAGAAUAAAUGCCUGCUAUGUUAAAACAGAAAGAAACAAGAAAAUGCAAGCUUUCCAGCAUGAAAGACACUGUAUCCUAGGACGGGCCUGGGCAGCCUGGAAAACGUAUGUUGGACAUAUACAAAAAAAGAGGCGAAAGUUGGCACAAGCAGAGAGACACUAUCGGCAUUCACUCCUGCACACAGUCCUGAAGGCUUGGAAGGUUUAUCAUUAUGGAGUUAAGCAGAUCCUGCACUGUGUGCAAGAACGAGAGAAACACCAUGAUUUCAGUUUGUUGAGGAUUUCUUUUCAUAUGUGGAGAAACAAUAUCACCAGCCUUUUGAAAGAAAGGCGUCAACUCUCAAGAGCAGAGCAUAACUGGCGUCGAUCGCUUCUUCUUAAAACUUUGCUAGCAUGGAGAGACACUGUGUCUAUGCAGAUUUAUAAGAAGCAGGAGAAAACCGGAUCUGUGAAGGAGGCACAAUGCUGCUUGGCCAGAGUUCGUUUACGUUGCCUAUUCAUCUACUGGAGAGAGAAGAGCCAAGUAGAGGCCACCUGCAGGUCACAAACGGACGUGGCAACAUGCCACCACAGACAACAUGUUCUUCUCAAAUGCUUCACCGUGUGGAAAGUUUACCGUGCUGCAUGCCUAAGGAAAAUGCUGCUCCGCAGACAGGGAGAGUGGUUUGAAGCUCAUAGAUUGUAUCGUCACUACUUCGCUUGCUGGAAAAUGCAACAAUUGAAGGAGCAGACUGAGAAAGAACAAACAGUGGUGGCAUUAUGGCACUGGUCACUGAGCCUCCAAGGGAAGGUUUUUGAUGCAUGGGUUGAGUAUGUUCUGGAGAGGAAGCAGAAAAAGAUGCGUGUCAACAAAGCAGUCGACUUCUAUCGAUGCCAGCUGCUCCAAGAGGGAGUGACACGGGCGUUACAGUAUGCAGCCGCCAUGGCUCAGUUUCGUAGACAGCUGGCAGAAAACCAGCAGGUCAAGAGUGCUUUUAGCCUACAUGGCAUUGUCCACCGCUGUGCAAUGAAGUGGAAAUGGCGAACAUUCAACCGCAGAGAAAAGGUCUAUACAGUCACUUGUACCCCGAAGAAAACUGUGACCUUUGACCUUCCAUCUUUGGAGAGGGAUGGGGACGGGGACAACUGUAGGUCCACAAAGAGUGGCGUGGAGGUUGGGUUGCUUUUCGACUACAACAAAAGGAACCAAAAUUCAUUUGGUCACCCCACAAAAUCUGAGAACCACCCUGCCAUCAUGGGCCUUGAGGACCAAAGUAACAAACUCAUUCUGAGACCAGCCAGGCUGCAACCACGGAGACCCAACUUCCUUCUGCAUUCACUGAAGGCAGAAAAUGCAUCAUCAGGUCAUGACAGGCCCAGUGCACUACUGAAAGCUCAACCAGACCACUGGGAAAGCUCAGAACUGAGAAGCCCACCACAGAGGACCAGCCCGGUUCCCACUAACCCAGUUGCACUAUUACAAGCUAUGCCUCAGAAGACCCCCAAAGCCGAUGAAGAUGUACUGCUGCCUCCAUCGUCCUUCAUGACACUCAAGCCUCCCACAAGCCCACACCAAGAUUUCAGCAAGCAGCCUCUGGAUGUUCAGCUUUCAAUCUGCACAUCGGUGUUGCCUUCUGCUAGUGACAUCUGUACUGAUUUCUGUCUGGAUCACACAGCCCCGGACCCCAACGUCAAGCACUGCAGCAGUGAUGUGGAGGAACAGCAGUUACGGCAGGAGCUGGAGCAGAUCUGCCUCACCCUGCGCCGCUUCCAUGAUGAAAAGGAGACCCUCCGGGCCUGGCGCAGACAAGCCAAGGUGCUGAGGGGCUGGCUGGAAAUGAACUCCAGGACCACAAAGGACUGUAUGCAAGACCAGCACGAGCUGAUGGAGCUGGACAGAAAGGCAGCAGCCCUGGCAGAGAAACUUCAAAAGGAAAAACACAAGCUUGAGCGCCAUGCAACACGACUGCGAGAAAUCCACAUGGUGCUGAAGGUGUGAGAGAAGACCUCUGGUGUGCAGUGAGUCCAGUGUUCUCAUUUCACUUCUUACCAGCACUUGACCAUACAUGGUGGCAACACCAAAACCAUUUGCUUAGGGCAGUGCGGAAGCCUACCAGGAAUGCUGGAUAUUUUGGGUUUCUGGUGGGGGAUGAAGGGCGGAUGACAUCCUACUUUGUUUUCCUAAAAAAUUUGUCAAGCUCUUGUAAGGCACAGAAAUGCCUGCUGACCAAUGCAGAUGUUUGAGGAGGUCUGUGUGUUAUGUCCA